AUAGGGUGAAGGAAGACGGCUUGUGACAUAACAGGAACGAAUGCAGUCUCCUGUCUUAUUGAUGGAAUCACUGACGUGACUCUCAGAAAUGGGGCUAGAGCAGGGCGUUACGUUACACCCGAAAGCUUGUACGCUGAGUAUUUGUCGACUCUGAGAUCCGAAGGUGACAAGCGGGAUACGCUCGCAAAGCAGGCGCCUCGGGAAAGGAGGAGGUUCCUUCCAAGUCGAGUCGAAGCACAAAAACUGUAUUCGUCAGUUCGGUGUUACAAUUGUCGUAAUCGAGGACAUGUUGCGACAAAGUGCCCGAAACCAAGAAUUGAGUGCAAGAAAUGUGGUCGCAUUGGACAUGUGGAUGCUGAGUGCCGACGUGGUAACUUAGUAAAAGAAAACAUGUCUAAGCAGGCACUAACGACAAGUGUAGCUGACGCAAGUAAUAAUAAGAAUUAUUACAUAGACAUUAAGGUCAAUGGUAAGCCGACGCGAGCUUACAUUGACUCAGGAGCUGAACCGGUCCUUGUCAAGCAAAGUGUUGCUAGAGAAUUGGGACUGAUGUGGCAGCCAAGUUUACAUUUGAUUCGUGGUUAUGGCCAGGGAAUCACCAAAGUGCAUGGGGAAGUCGAAGUAGAGCUAGAAGUGGAUCUUGUCAAGGCAAACGUAAAAGCUUUGAUCGUCGAAGACAGUGCACAACGUGUGCCUGUCAUAGUGGGACAGACCUUCCUGAAUGCGGGUGCUAAUACGAUUAUAGCAAAUGAGGAAGCUGUGAGAGUAGUUGACGGAAACAACGAAUCGAUCCAAGCAUUUCUAGGCCAACUUCCGACACGAAAAGUUGCACUUUGGGCGGAAGAGGAAACAGUGAUCCCUCCUCAAUCCAUUGGUUGCAUACGAAUCAAGGCAAAAGACGAUGGGUGGAAAGGAGCUUAUUACGUUGAAGGGUGUCAACGUCCGAGACCAGGGUUCGAACACGUUGUUCAUCGGUGUGUCACAUCUGAUGGAGGCCUAGUGACCGUUCGCAAUCUAUCGCACCAAGAUCUGGUCUAUCGAAAGGCGCAAAUCGUUGCGAGAGCUGAGCCUUGCGAGCAGGAAAGGACAGCUACGACGGUGAGUGUGUUUUCUCUGGGGAAGGUUGAGGUAAAGAGUUUUCAACGGUGGGAACUUCUUACACAAGUCAAUAAGAAUCUAGACCCGGCUCAGUUCGAGCAAUUGUUACAACUCGUUAACGAAUUUCGAGAUUGUUUUGCACGAAAUGUAGCGGAAAUAGGUGCCACAACUGCGGCAGAAAUGAAGCUAACUUUGACUGAUGAUAAACCUGUAGUUUAUCGUCCUUAUCGGUUAUCGCAUCACGAAAGAAGAAUUGUUCGAGAUAUAGUAAAUGACUUGUUAGGUAGCGGAGUCAUACGAGAAUCAGACUCGCCAUAUUCGAGUCCCAUACUGUUGGUGCGGAAGAAAGAUGGGCAACACCGUAUGUGUGUUGACUAUCGGCAAUUAAAUUCGAAAACAAUCAAAGAUCGCUUUCCGUUACCACGAGUAGACGAACAUUUGGAUAAACUAAACGGUGCAAAGUUUUUCACCACACUAGAUCUCGCGAGUGGGUACUAUCAGAUCCCAAUGGCCACCGAAUCGAUUCCAAAGACAGCAUUUGUUACGCCUGAUGGGCAUUACGAGUUUGUCCGUAUGCCUUUUGGUCUAGCCAACGCUCCGGCAGUUUUUCAGCGGGCUAUGAAUAAGAUGUUGGAUCCAUUACGGUUUCAAACCGCUUUUUGUUACAUAGCUGAUCUUCUGAUACCUUCCAAAGACUUUGAAACAGGUGUUAACAAUUUAAGAACGGUGUUUCAAUUGCUUCUACAGUUCGGAUUGACUCUAAAGCUAAGUAAAUGUUGCUUCUUUGGAAAUCAAAUAGAGUAUUUAGGGCAUGAGAUCAGUGCGGAAGGCAUUAAGCCAGACGAGACAAAAAUCAAAGCGGUGACAGCUUUUCAAAAACCAACAGACGUACACAAACUUAGGCAAUUCUUAGCAAACAGUUUGACGAGUCUCCUAAAGAAAGGCAGUACACUUGUUUGGGAAGAAGCACAAGAGCGGGCUUUUCAGACUUUAAAAGACAUCUUGACGAGCAGACCAGUUCUUGCAAUUUAUGACGCGGAAGCUGAAACGGAGUUACACACUGACGUUUCUAAAGUUGGAAUUGGUGGCAUUCUGUUGCAACGACAAGGUAAUGGAUCUUUGCGUCCAGUUAUGUUUUUCAGCCGACAGACGACCAAAGAGGAACAAAGGUACCACUCGUACGAGCUAGAAACGCUAGCGGUGGUCUGUUCUCUCAAACAUUAUCGAGUAUACUUGUUGGGGCUUCAAUUCAAAGUGAUCACAGACUGUAAUGCUUUACGAACAACCCUUACCAAGAGAGAUUUGAUUCCACGAAUUGGGAGAUGGUGGUUGUUGACUUCUGAGUUCGACUUUACUGUAGAAUACAGACCUGGCAGUAAAAUGAGUCACGUUGACGCUUUGAGUAGAAAUCCGGUAUUAGAUCCUUCGGAGCCUUCAGUGGAAGUCUUGCAUAUUAAUGUUAACGAUGAUGAUUGGAUUUUAGCUGUUCAAAUGAAGGAUGCGAGAUGCGCAUUGUUGAAGGAAAUAUUGGAAAAAUCACCGACGAACGCUGAAGAGCGUGCCAUUCACAAAGAGUAUAAACUAAAAGAUGGUCGAGUAUUCAAACAGACUGAGUCAGGAUUAAAAUGGGUCGUACCAAAAGCGGUAAGACGCCAGAUUUUAUUAGCACACCACGAUGGAAUUGGCCAUUUAUCGAAUGAGAAAACUUUGGCAUCUGUGUCGAAAUCUUAUUGGUUUCCUUCAAUGCGGAGGUAUGUUCAUAAAUAUAUUUCUAGCUGCUUGGAGUGUCUCUACAAUAAGGAAGCCGGAGGAAAGCAGCCAGGAUUUUUGAAUCCCAUACCUAAGAAUUCGCAACCAUUUGACACAUUGCACAUGGAUCAUUUGGGACCAUUUGUAAAGAGCAAAUCACAUAAUUCUUAUCUUUUAGCUAUUAUCGAUGCAUUUACUAAAUUUGUCUUUCUCAGGGCCGUGCCUAAUACUAAGGUGGGCCCUGUUUUAUCAUUUUUAGCUUCUCUUACAGGAAUGUUUGGUGUACCUAAACGUAUAAUAGCCGAUCGUGGGGCUUGUUUUUCUAGCAAAAAGUUUAAGACACAUUGUACCGAUUUAAACGUUAAAUUAGUACUAACCGCGACUGCCACACCACGGGCUAAUGGCCAGGUGGAGCGAUUAAAUCGUACGAUUUUAUCUCAGCUUGCUGCUAGCUCGAGAGAAGAAGAGAAAUGGGAUGACUUUGUGAGUAGAAUUAGUUGGGGUAUUAAUUCUACGCCGAAUUCGACUACGGGCAAAAGUCCAUACGAAUUGUUGUUGGGGUAUACACCUCGACAUGCUAAUGACUCAAUCCUCACCAACGUGGUGACAGAGGGUGUUCAUGAUGGUGAUUUGCCACGGACACGAGCAGACGUUGCUCAGCGUGUCGAAAAGGAACAGCAGAAGCAAAAAGAGCGUUAUGACAAGCGACGCUGUGCCCCAAAGAGAUUUAAUGCAGGUGAUCUCGUGUUGGUACGCACCACGCGAGCUUCAAACGAGGGCAAAAGUCGGAAGCUGUUACCUAAAUAUUCGGGACCGUACCGAAUUCAGAAAGUGCUCGACUACGAUAGGUAUGUCGUGACGGACAUGCCGGGGGCGACGCGUUCCCAAAAACGAUAUGAGGGUGUCCAUUCAGUGGACAAAUUGAGACAUUACGUUGUCGCCACGACGAGUGGAGACGAAACAAUGGACGAUGUCAGUGACGAAUGACUGAGUUCGCUGUGAAGCUGAGUGAAGUUCAACGUGAACUCACGAUUUUGGGCCCAAAUGUUGUUUUUAAGCGCUUUACGUUGAAACUCAUGAGUUAAUGAUUUGUUAUUGUUGUUCUUGUUCUUGUUCUUGUUAUUGUUCUUCUACUUAUUGUUGAGGUUACUGAUCUUGUUGGUGUUGGUGUUCUUAUUGUUGUUGUUGGUGUUCUUAUUGUUGUUGUUCUUAAUUAAUUCUCAACGUGAGAAAAGCGAUGAUAAUUAUUUUCAGAUUCAUUCUCAACGUGAGAAACACGAUUAUGAUUAUUUUCAGAUUCAUUCUCAACGUGAGAAACACGAUUAUGAUUAUUUUCAGAUUCAUUCUCGACGUGAGAAACACGAUUAUGAUUAUUUUCAGGUUGUUUAUAAAUAGUUCUUAAGUGGGACUCGGGCUGUAGAUGUAUACUACGGCUCGGAUACAUGGUAUUGGUUAAUUACUUGUUUUAGAAACACCGGUGGUUCCCCGAGGACGUGGAACACGGAAGCGUGGCCGACUGUUAAGUGAAGGGGGCGCUGCUGGUGAAAUUGGCGGGAAAUGAUGACGCGUGAGGCGCGUACGGGCAACGCCUAGUUAGUUGGAAGGACACUGUGGCAGUGUCAAUGUCGUUGUUGAAUCUAAUUUGCUAAUAAAUUAGUUUUUGGGUGAA